UACCUAUCUCUUCUUAGUCUGUUGCGUUGAGACUUGAGAAGCAUUGUGAAGAAGUUAUUUGGCGGAUUCUUACUUUCAUUGACUACAUUUGAGCUUUAUUUAUUACAUAAUGAAGAUAGAAGAAGUAAAAAGCACCGCAAAAACACAAAGAAUAUCAGCUCAUAGCCAUAUAAAAGGUUUGGGUUUAGACGAAAAUGGGGUACCAAUUCAGAUGGCAGCCGGUCUCGUGGGCCAAGAAUCCGCUCGUGAGGCUGCAGGUAUUGUUGUUGACAUGAUCAGAAGUAAGAAAAUGGCAGGUCGAGCUCUCUUGCUAGCGGGUCCACCGGGCACCGGCAAAACUGCUAUUGCCUUAGCAAUAGCUCAAGAGUUGGGAAAUAAAAUACCGUUCUGUCCCAUGGUUGGCAGUGAAGUGUACAGUACGGAAAUAAAGAAAACUGAGGUGCUCAUGGAAAAUUUUCGUCGUGCCAUAGGCCUUAGGAUUCGUGAAACUAAAGAGGUUUAUGAAGGAGAGGUUACUGAGUUAACUCCAGUUGAGACUGAGAAUCCAGCAGGGGGGUAUGGAAAGACAGUGUCACAUGUUAUCAUCGGAUUAAAGACAGCCAAAGGAACAAAGCAACUGAAACUGGACCCAACUAUUUACGAAUCAAUGCAGAAGGAGAAGGUGGAAGUGGGAGACAUUAUCUACAUUGAGGCCAAUUCUGGUGCUGUCAAACGACAGGGAAGAAGCGACACCUUUGCCACAGAAUUUGACUUGGAAGCUGAAGAGUAUGUGCCUCUACCAAAAGGUGAUGUGCACAAGAAAAAAGAAGUGGUCCAAGAUGUGACCCUGCAUGACCUGGACUGUGCCAACGCGAGACCGCAAGGAGGUCACGAUAUUAUGUCUAUGAUGGGGCAACUAAUGAAACCAAAGAAGACUGAAAUUACAGAUAAACUAAGAAAAGAAAUUAAUAAAGUAGUCAAUAAGUAUAUUGAUCAGGGGAUAGCUGAGCUUGUUCCUGGAGUGUUAUUUAUUGAUGAGGUGCACAUGUUAGACAUUGAGACAUUUACGUACUUACACCGGGCCUUGGAGUCGGCUAUAGCACCAAUAGUUAUUUUCGCCUCUAACAGAGGGCGCUGCCAAAUACGAGGAACAGAGGACAUAAUCUCACCCCAUGGAAUCCCACUCGAUCUAUUAGACCGACUCCUGAUUAUUCGUACCCUACCCUACAACAAGGCUGAGUUGUUGCAGAUACUUAAAUUACGUGCCACUACCGAAAGUAUUUCCAUAGAAGACGAAGCUCUAUCGGCUCUUGCCGAAGUCGGUGCUGCUAGUACACUCAGGUACGCUGCGCAACUCCUGACACCGGCGAUGCUGGCGGCGCGCGCGGACGGAGCGACGCGCAUAUCGCCCGCGCACGUUCGCGCCGUGCAUACGCUGUUCCUGGAUGCCAAGUCCUCCGCGCGCAUACUCACGCAGCACUCCGACAAGUAUAUGAAGUGAGCGCAUGCGCCGCCAUUUUGAUUUACUAUAAAAUCCGCCAUUUUGAAGUUUGUUAUGACAUGUGCCGCCAUAUUAAAGUUCUAUUUUUGAAACGCUACCGAAAAUUGCAACCGGUGUAGCUGCAAUACCACUUAUCAAGAGAAAAAAGUAAAAAAAAUAUAUUCAACUGGUAUUAAAAAAGAAAUCUAAUCUAUUCAACAAUACGCUUAUAUAUUUUUAAGUCAAUACACAUCAAUACUAUGUGUUAACGUUACAUUCCUGUCUCAAAUUCUAUAAUUUCUGGCAACCAACCAAACUCGGAAAAUAGGAAAAUUAAAAUUUUCAUGUAAAAUAUCACAAUUUAAUGAUUAUUGUAAAUAUUAUACUUGAAUUUCAUGUU